GGGACUCUGGGAGCGAAUAGAAGCAGAUCAUCUCUACAGAACAAGAUGCAUUGGCAAAUCAUUCUGACCGUGCUUGUGCUGUUGGACUUUCUUCAAAUGGCAGUUGCCCAUUGUGUGGUCCAUCCAGUUCCUCCCAGGAACUUUACAUUACCCUGUGUGCUGCUGAACGAGACAUUUUUGAACCCAUUCUCUGCUGGAGUUGAGAGUUGGUCUGGUUUGAGGAGAGACCAUCGUGGGACAUCUGAAAUCAAGCCUGGAAUGAAUGAAGAAAGUUUCCUGUGUUGCUUUUGGAGUGACAACAACAUUGAUUGUUCUUUGUACAGAGCAAGCCUGCAGGCAAGGAAGUUUAUUCCUUCAGAAAUAAAUAUCUCUGCUUCUCAGGAAAUAGAUUCAAACUGGAACAUGGAAUGCUGGAUUAAAGGCAAGCUGGACCUGUUGGUUUGUAACCUGCAGGUUUUGAGGUUGCACUUGAGAGAGGACUUGAAGGUUAAUCUUUUAUAUGCUGGCUCGGAGCUGUCCCUGGGAGAUGUGUCCACCAGCUCUCUCCAGGGGACUGUGAGGGUUACUCAGUGUGACUGCACUGAGGGUGACACAUGUGAGUGUCUCGUGCCCUCUCUGAGGCUCAACCACACCUACAUCAUGUGGCUGAAGAUGCUGGUUGGUGUGACACCUCUGUGGUCACCUUUGUUGUCAGUCAAACCAAUUGACAUAGUAAAGCCUGAACCUCCUUUGAACCUGCACCUGGAAGUGACAGAGGGAGGUGAGGUGAAGAUGUGCUGGUCUGACCCUGCACUGCUGCCGUACCCUCUGCAGUACCAAGUGAGGAUCUCUGCAAAGCCAGGGCACAGCGCUUGGCAGAUGGUUCAAGUUGCUCUGGAAGCCUCACUGGCCAUUGACAACACCCUACUUGGUUCCUCUUCCUUGGUUCAAGUGAGGUGCAGGAAUCACCAGGGUCUGGGGUUCUGGAGUGACUGGAGCACCCCAUAUGAUCUCAGUUUGGGAGCUGAAGUCCUGUACUUCCCUCCUCAGAUCCUGACCAGUGCUGGUUCUAAUGUUUCAUUUCACUGCAUCUAUAAAAACAAAAGCAAGAUUGUAGAGCCCCAGGAGGUUGUUUGGUGGCUGAAUUUAGCAGAAGAAAUCCCAGCCAGUCUUUAUACCCUUGUGAGCGAUCGCGUAAGCAAAGUUACUCUUUUCAACUUGAAAGCAACCAAACCUAGAGGAAGUUUCUUCUAUGACACAUUGUACUGUUGUCACCAAAGUAGGGAAUGUCAUCCUAGAUACGCUGAAUUAUAUGUAGUAGAUAUGAAUAUUAAUAUCACCUGUGAAACAGAUGGAUACUUGACUAAAAUGACUUGCAGUUGGUCUGCAAACCCAAACAUGUUGCUCCCUGGGAGUUCCUUGCAGUUAAGAUACUACAGGAGCCAAAUUUAUUGUUCUGACUUUCCAAGCCCAUCUCCAGAAUCAGAGGUGAAAGAAUGCCAUUUGCAGAAGAAUCAUUCCUACGAGUGCACAUUUCAGCCUAUUUUCCUUUUAUCUGGAUAUACCCUGUGGAUAGAGUUCAAGCACUUCCUAGGAACACUUGAAUCCUCCCCAGCCUGUGUCAUUCCAGCAGAUGUGGUGAAGCCGCUUCCCCCUUCCAAUAUCAGAGCAGAACUCACCAGGGAUGUGGGGCUGCUGAACGUGAGCUGGACAAACCCUGUGUUUACAAACAGUGAUCUGAAAUUCCAGAUCCGGUAUGCAGUGAACAGGGAAGAGAUUCCAUGGGAGCUCUGUGAAGUCUCAAACACCCCAAGCAGCUCAGCUGUGAUCGAAGUUGAGCAGCUCUGUGUGGAGUACAUUGUCCAGGUGCGGUGCAGGGAGCUGGAUGGAUCUGGGUACUGGAGCGACUGGAGUGGAUCAGCCCAAACACUUGUGCAGGACAUCAGAGCUCCCUUGCAAGGCCCUGAAUUUUGGAGAAUCAUUACCGAAGAUCCAGCAGGGAGGCAGAAGAAUGUUACGCUCGUGUGGAAGCCGCUGAUGAGGAACCACUCGUUGUGCAGCGUGAGCCGAUACAUCAUAAAGCACGAGACACCAGGGAACACCUCCUGGGUGGAAUAUGUUGAUCAUGGCACCACUUGGUCUUUUCCAUGGACGGAGCACACUCACACCAUCACAGUUUUAGCCAUGAAUUCCAUUGGAGUUUCUUCAGUUAAUUUUAAUUUGACCCUCUCACAGCAAAUGAGCACAGUGGAUGCCGUGCGGUCGCUGAGCGCUUACCCCGUGAACAGCACCUGUGUCGUCAUGGUCUGGACUCUCUCACCCCAAAUCUAUGUGAUAACAUCCUUUGUUAUUGAGUGGAAGAACCUUAACAAAGAAGAGGAGACGAAAUGGGUGCGAGUUCCUCCAAAUAUGAGUAAAUAUUACAUUUAUGAUUACUUUAUUCUGAUUGAGAAGUACCAGUUCAGUCUGUACCCUGUGUUUGCUGGAGGAGUUGGCAGAGCCAGAGCAACGGAUCAGUUCAGCAAAGGUGGAUUUGAAAAUGAGAAUAAUGGCAGCCUCUCCGUGGUUCUGCCGAUAGUUAUUUCAACCUCAGUUUUGUUGCUGGGAGUGUUGCUGGUUUCACACCAAAGAAUGAAGAAGCUGCUUUGGGAGGAUGUUCCGAACCCCAAGAAUUGCUCGUGGGCACAAGGAGUUAAUUUUCAGCAGCCUGAAACUUUUGAGCAUCUUUUUAUCAAGCACCCCGAAGCCACAUCAUUUGAGCCUCUCCUGGAUGCAGAGAUAGUGCUGGAAGACAUCAGUGUCACCAAAGCCUCAGAAAAGGAAGACACGCAAGAUUUUUUAGGAAUUGCUUCCACGUUUCCAAAUGCCCAAGACUCUGAACAUGACUCUGCUUGCUCAAGCAGCCACUUCAACAGCAGCAGUUCCUCCCAGAGCUCCCAGGAGGAGCAGGGCAGUGGAGGAGUCGACCUCAAAUACGCGACUGUCACUGGCAACUCCCGAUCUGAUGGGCUUUGCGAGCGGAAAAUGAGUCCAAGCAGUUGUUUUGAUCGGUGCUUCUUAGCAGAAGAUUCCACAGUUUCAGGUGCCUUCUCCAGUAGCACUUGGGAGGUGGGAAGUGGAGUGUUCCUGGUGUUCCCUGGCUCACCUGGCAGGCAGCCCAGCAAGACCCUCUCCCUUAUCUCUUCAGAGGGGUUUUCAGAGCCUUCCGACCACGACGACGCUUUCACGGACAGUCCUGAGCGGAGCCUGUGUUACCUUGGGAUAACACCAUUGGAAAAAAGAGAAAAUGAUAUUUUUCUAACAGGAAGUUCUGGGGUGCUGUGUCAGUUCCAUACAAGGGAUCUGCUCACAGACACAGGGGACCUCCAGCACACACCGACGGAUGUCCGUGGGUUUGUCCAAAGUAGCCUCAAGCCCAAAGCCCUGGUGCCAUAUGUGCCGCAGUUUGGGAUGGCUGCUGCCAAGGGAAAGGAGGCCACAGAGAAAAACUCUGCUGUCAUCACACCAUAAUUUGAGACUCCUAGUGGUUUUUUAGGUGUUGAUGCAUUCCCCUGUUUUUCCCUCUCCUGACUUCCUCCAGGAGCUCUUUUGGAGCUGGGUUCUGUGUUUAAGUGCCAGGAUUUUAGGAGGACAAAAUUCCAUUCCUUGACCUAAUUUUCAAAUGUGAGGCCUUUCCUUAGAGAUCUGAUUGUCCAGGUUACCUCAGGUACCAGGUUACCUAUUGGUGGUGCCUGUUAGAGGUGUUAUAUCUGAGAACUCCAGUGAAGAAUUGAACUUGAAAUCGGAUUGGGUGCUGUAGACAUUGGGGUGAGAGGCUUUGGGAAAUUCUCAUAUACUCCUC